UUUCUCACUUUACUCUCUUCUCAAAUUGAAAAAUCAAAUUCUAGAUACUUCGACUUCUUCUUCUUCUCUCUUCUUUACCUUACAUCUUCCAUUUCUCACAGCUUUUAGCUCAACCAUUACCGUAACAACACAUUAUAAAGCCUCAACAACGUUAUUGAUUUUACACUUGCUGAAGCUUUUCAGUUUGCACAGUUGAAUCAUGGAUUUUGAGCCUAUUGAUGAUGUUAGGGAACAUGUUCCUUUGUUACCAACGUUUUCCCGGGUUUCGAGUUUGGAAAAAUGUAGUAGUAGUGCUGUUAAGAAGAGGGGUUCUGAUUUUCAUGACAACAGCAAUUCCUUGCAUCUUUCUGUUAAGAAAUCAAAGCUGUUGAAUGACGAUCACCACAAUGAUAUUUCAUUGUCGAAGAAAUUGACUGAUAAAUCAUUUUCCUCGCUGAAGAAAGACCUUGCGGUGUUAGAAAAAUUAUUUGAGGAGUGUAAAAGGAAGCAGAAAGUUGAAGAGAGAAGAUUACAGUCCAUAAAGAGAGAAACUGAAGAGUGCUGCAAAGAUCUUCAAAUUAAGAUGGACCAAGUUAGUGUUGUUAGAAGAAUUGAUGAUGCUUGCGAGAAAGUGCAGGAAAAAAUUGACGAUUGUAUCAAGGAGUUUGUAGUGAAAGAAGAGGAGCUCUAUUUGAUGGAAAACUUGAUUAAAGAGAGCAAGCUUGAGCUCAAGGCAAAAGAGAUAGAACUUGAUCAAGUCAAGGGUAACAUUUCAAAAGAAAUAGAACUUCGUCAAGUCAUUGAUAACAUUGAUAAGGACCAUGAAAGGAAGGAAGAGGAAAUCAAGGCUCUUUCCCAAAAAAUUGCUGAACUUGCUUUGGACUGUAAGGCCAAAGAGAACGAGCUUGAUGCAGUGAACAAAUUAAUUGGUGAACAAGCAGAAAAGUUAGAAUCUGAAAGGAAGAAGGCAAGAAAUAUAAUAUCAGAAAUGAAGAAUAGUAUUGCUCAGAUGAAGGAAUUUGAGUCAAAGCAGAAGCGAUUUGAUGAUCGGUUUAAGGAACUUGAGUCAAAAGAGAAAAAGUGUGAAGAAUGGGUAACAAAGCUGGAUUCAAGAGAGAAGCAGCUUGAAGGCCGUGUGAAUGAAUCUGAAUCAAAGGAGAAGGAACUUGAAGGUCGUAUGAAUGAGCUUGAAUCAGAAAAGGAGCAUUUCAAAAAUCGGGUGAAGGAGCUUGAUACAAAAGAAAAGCAAGUUGAAGGACGAGCAAUGGAGCUAGAGUCAAAAGAGAAGCGGAGUGAAGGACGAGCAGAGGAGCUUCAGUCAAAGGAGAAGCACUUUGAAGAAUGGGCAAAGAAGCUGGAGUCAAGAGAGAAGCAGCUUGAUGUCCGUUUGAAAGAAUUUGAAUUAAACGAGAAGGAAAUUGAAGGUCGUAUGAAUGAGCUUGAUAAAAAAGAGAAGCAAGUUGAAGGACGAGCAAUAGAGCUAGAGUCAAAAGAGGUGCAAUGUGAAGUCUGGGUGAAGGAGUUUGAAUCAAAACAGAAGGAAUUUGAAGGUCGAUUGAAGGAGCAUGAAUCAAAGGAGAAGGAACUUGAAGGCCGUGUGGAAUCUAAAAAGAAGCAUUUCGAAAGCAUGAUGGAGGAGCUCAAAUCAAGCAUGAGUUCAUUGAAAGGACAGGUUGAGGAACUUGACUCCAAAGAGAAGCAACUUGAUGGCCAAGUGAAGGAGCUGGAAUCUCAAAAGAAUCACUUUGAAAGUCAGGUGAAGGAGUUUGAAUCAAAAAAGAAGGAAUUAGAGUUGAAAGAUAACGAACUUGUAGGCAAAGUAAAGAAGUUUGAAUCAAAAGAGAAGGAAUUUGAAUACCUAAUGAUGGGCUCGGUAUCAAAACAGGAGCAUUUUGAAAACCGGAUGAAGGAUCUUGAAUUAAAAGAGAAGAAUUUUGAAGGUCGAGUAAAAGAGUUGGAAUUUAAAAAGCAGCAAAUUGAAAGCCAAAUGAAGGAGCUUGAGUUAAAACAAAAACAUUUUGAAAGCCAGAUGAAGGAGUUUGAGUCAAAAGAGAAGCAACAUGAAGGCUGGGUGAAGGAGCAUGGAUCAAAAGAGAGAGAGUUUGAAGGCCAAAUGAAGGAUUUGGAAUCAGGAAGGAAGCAUUUUGAAAGCCAAGUGGACGAGCUCAAGUCAAAAGAGAGGCAAUUUGAAGGACAGAUGAAGGAGUUUCAAUCAAAAGAGGAGGAAUUUAAAGGUCAAGUAAAGGAGUUUGAAUCAAAGAAGGAGGAAUUUGAAGGUCGAUUGAAGGAGCAUGAAUCUAAGGAGAAGGAAUUUGAGAAGCAACAUGAAGGCUGGGUGAAGGAGCAUGGAUCAAAAGAGAGAGAAUUUGAAGGCCAAAUGAAGGAUUUGGAAUCAGGAAGGAAGCAUUUUGAAAGCCAAGUGGACGAGCUCAAGUCAAAAGAGAGGCAAUUUGAAGGCCAGGCGAAGCAGCUGGAAUCUAAAAGGAAGCAUUUCGAAAGCCAAAUGAAGGAGUUUGAGUCUAAAGAGAAGCAACUUGAUAGCCAAGUGAAGGAGCUGGAAUCUAAAAAGAAGCUGUUUGAAAGCCAAGUGAAGGAGUUAAAGUCAAAAGAUAACCAACUUGUAGGCCAAUUGAGGAAGUUUAAAUCAAAAGAGAGGGAAUUUGAAGGCCAGGCGAAGCAGCUGGAAUCUAAAAGGAAGCAUUUCGAAAGCCAAAUGAAGGAGUUUGAGUCUAAAGAGAAGCAACUUGAAGGCCAAGUGAAGGAGCAUAAAUCAAAAGAGAGAGGAUUCGAAGGCCAACUGAAGGAACUGGAAUCCAAAAAGAAGCAUUUUGAAAAUCAAGUGGAGGAGUUCAAAUCAAAAGAGAGGCAAUUGAAAGGACAGGUUAAGGAAAUUGAGUCUAAAGAGAAGAAAUUUGAUGGCCGAGUGAAGGAGUUUGAAUCUAAAGAGGAUGACUUUGAAGGCCGAAUGAAGGAGCAUGAAUCAAAAGAGAGAGAAUUUGAAAUUCAAGUGAAGGAGCUGCAAUCUAAAAAGAAGCAGGUUGAAAGCCAAGUUAAGGAGUUAGAGUCAAAAGAUAACCAACUUAUAUGCAAAAUAAAGGAGUUUGAAUCAAAGGAGAAGGAAUUUGAAGAACAAGUGAAGGACAUAAAAUCAAAGGAGGAGGAACUCGAAUCAAAAAAGAAGCAUUUCGAAAGCCAAGUCGAGGAGUUUAAAUCAAAAGAGAAGCAAUUUGAAGAACGAUGGAAUAAACUUGAGUCAGAAGAGAAUAAGUUCAAAGCAAAGGUGAAGGAGCUCAACUUCAAAGAAAAGUGGUUUGAAGGACAAGUCAAGGAUCCUGUGUCAAGGAAAAAAUAUAUUGAUGGAGAAAAAGAAUCGGUUGCAUCUUACAUGUAUGAUCAAUCAAGUCAUGCCUUUGGUGGAAUAAGUUUGCAGUUGGGCACAAGCGAGAAAACUGAUGGAGUUGAGUCACUUUUCAAUGGUGUUUUAGUUAAUCUGCAAGAAUCAUCAGAUCCAUCAAAACUUGUUUUGGAAAUGAUACUGAACCCCAUCAUUCCACGGUGUCAAAAGGGAGACAAUGUGAUUAUUACUGAUUACCAAAUCCAUCUACUUGAACAACUGAUGAGAAUCUCACCAGAUAUUGAACCUUGUGAGAGAGAAAAAGCAUUGAAGCUAGCAUAUGAUUUAAAAGAAAACAUGAAAGACAAUACUGAAAAAUCUUUGGCGGUUCUUGGUUUUCUGCUGCUUUUGUCAAUUUAUAAAUUGCUUGAUUCAUUUGAUGAAGAUGAAGUUCUGGAUCUUUUUGCAUUUGUUGCUCUGCACAAAAUUGCUGUGGAGCUGUUUGGAUGCCUGGGUUUUGCAAACAGAGUUUCUGAUUUUGUUAAGCGUCUUAUCAUGAGGAAGCAAAUUGUUGAAGCUGUUCAGUUCAGUUGUGCAUAUAACUUGACUGACAAGGAUCAAUUAGUUGAUAUGUUGCAAGAACAUGUCCAGAAUGCCAAACUUAUUUGUGAGAGCAGUUGCAAGAAAACCAACUCCAUUGAAAUCAAGGAUAAGGCCAGAGAUCAAGAAAUUGCUAGUCUGGGGACUGUUCUGCAAUGCAUUUCGGUCAGCAGCCUAGAAUCUGCGGGUCUGCUUCAUAAGGAGAUCGACUAUCGCAUUCUUGAGCUCAAAGCACAUAAAGGCUGUUAGUUUUUGGGCUGAAACAAGCUAAUGUAAACAAAUGGGGUAAUGGAAACCUGCUAACUUAUACACUACUGUUGUUGGGGUAGAGAGUGCUUGUGUUUGUUAAACAAGAGACAAGUUCCUCAAUGAAUUCAUGUCAAAUUAUUUUUAUCAAAUGUCAUUUUAAACUUGAAAUUUAUAAAUGCCUUCCUCAACAGUGGUUAAGAAGUAGCACAGUUCAGAGAAAAUACUACCACAUAAUUCUUUGAUUCCCCCUCCAUACACGGUAUAAUAUGACAGAUUUACUUUA